AUGAACCCGGAGAGGUGGAAAACAUUAUGGACACCUGUGUCAGAGGACGGAUUGUGUGGAUGGGUGAGAACUUUAGAGGAAGCUGAGAAUGUUCGAAAAGCGUAUGAGGUAGAGACCUCCAUCACAUAUGUUUCUGGGAAAAAGGAAGCGCACUUCGGAAGGCCAGAAAUAGAAUUCAGAACUAUUAAUUUUGAUCAAGCAAUAAUUCAAAUGAAAAUGUGUUUUUGUUUUAAAAAGGAUCUGUAUAGAAAUCUACAGUUGUUCUUUCAAGUAUUGAUUGUCUUUGCAGUUAUUAACGAGAAGUCUCGGGUUCGCUUUAGUGAUUUAGGAGAUCCCUGUAUUGUCCCUUAUGAUGGAACACCAUUCGUUAUUCUGGCAAGGUGCGAAAGACACUGUAUUUUUGGGAAAGACAAACACCAAAAGAAGAAGAAUGAAAUGAAAGAAAGGAGGGAGUCUCUCCUCAAGGGUGACCAUCCAGUCCCAAAGAAACGUAAAAAGUUACUCCAGGCUUCAAAGAAAAAAGGAUGUCAGGCCAAGAUAAUCAUGAAAGAUGUUGUAUUCUUCCAUGACUAUCAGGUGCAGAAAAACACAGAAAAACUGAAAAGAAAAGCAAGUGAACAUCUGAGGGAUGACAUUUCAGACGUUCCUGACAAAGUAAAAAAACAGAGACGGAUUUAUAUCUUGCUUCCAAAGAGUGAAGAUCACGAGUCAACACAUCUUACCGGACAACUGGCAGGCUUCAUGAAUCCUCUGUCCAAGGAAGUUCGAGAUAAACUUGGUGAACUUGUUGGGCAUGGUGUGACAAGUGUUUCAGAGAUGCGAAGACAUUUGCGUGUGUAUGUUGAUACCUUGCUCUUUAAAGAUAUUAAGCGUCCUGCAUUGUCCGAUGCUGCCUACUAUCCAACAGACGAAACAAUCAGGACACAAAUCUACCUUGCCCAGCUGAGGUUGAGAUACUCAAGGAUAGAUCAAGAAAAUCUCCUGCAAAAGGUAGCAGAGUGGCAAGACAAUUAUCCAAAGGAUAAUUUCAUCUUUAUGCCUGCCUCUGACUCUGCACCAACUGACAGAGAUAUUUUGAGGAACAUAGAUUGUGUGGAGCAAGAUGAUGAUGAUGAGGUCUAUCCUCAAAUACAGACAACAGAGACAAUAAAUUUUUUCUUCUGUCACCAGAGUGAAUUUCAACGUCAUCUAUUGUACAGGUAUGGAAAUUCCCUGUGCUUGCUAGAUGCAACCUACAGAACCACAAAGUAUGCAUUGCCACUGUUUUUCCUUGCUGUCAAAACCAACGUAGGGUACAGUGUAGUGGCUGAAUUUAUUGUUCAGCACGAGACGAAGAGAUCAAUAAUGCAAGGCCUACAGACAAUAAAAACCUGGCUCCAUAAUGCACCAGACAGGCCAGCAGAGUGGUACUGGGAACCCAAGUUUUUUAUGACAGAUUUUUGUGAAAGAGAAAUUGUUGCAAUUGAGGAAAUUUUUCCUGAAAGCUUUGUUUUUAUCUGUGAUUUUCACAGAGAACAAAGCUGGAUUAGAUGGGUCAGCAAGACAGACAACGGUCUUACUGAUUGCAAAGACCGCGUGCUGGGAAUGCUGAGGAGUUGUGCUCAUGCAUCAUCAGAAAAGGAGUACACAGAGGCCAUCAUGAACUUGCAAAGUUCCGAUAUUUGGGCCCGGAACAAUCGCCUAAGGAACUGGUUCACAAAAACUUGGAUGACUGAGAAAAAGCGGUGGGUUUGGUCCCAGAGGUAUGGAUCAGGACUCUUGGUGAAUACAAACAAUGGUCUGGAGAGACAGAAUAAAGUCUUCAAGUAUCAGUUUUUAGAGCAACGAAAGAACAACAAUGUCUCAGGAAUGAUAUCAAGCCUUGUACAUCAGUAUUUACCCACAAUGAUGCUAAAACCUCCAAGCUUCAUAAAGCACUGCAUGUCAAAAAUGGAAUUAGCAGAUACCAUCAGUGCAAAUGAAAUUAAUUCUACGGGCAACAGAACAUAUAAGGUGAAAAGUCAAUCUGACCCUGGACAAAGAACAGGUUACCAAGUCGUAAUGGACAAUGGAAAUGGGAUGCCUAGCUGUGAAUGCCAUGCUUGGAUGUGGACAUUACUUCCCUGUAAGCAUAUCUUUGCUGUUAUAAAACACACAGAAUCAUCCUGGGAAGAUUUACCCCUCCAGUAUCUCUCCUCCCCAUAUUUCAACAUUGACUCCCAUGUGAUAGGAAUUCCUAUUCCAUCUGAAACACUUGAAGAAGAUGGGGAAAACAGCAACAUGAAUGGAAAUCAAUUUUGUCUUGAUGCAAAUGUAGAGGAUGUCUCAAAUUUUAUGGAUCUUCCUUCAGCAAGGAAAAGCCCAAAAUCUCUAAAAGCUCUGGCAAUCCAGUGCAGAGAAAAACUGUCACUUUUACAAAAUGCAACAUAUCUGUGCCAAAGUGAAGGUGCUUUUAGAGCACUGGGCUGUCAGUUGGAGGAUGCUUUAAGUGCCUUCAAAAGCAGUUUGUACAUGGACAGUGGACUUUUUAAAGAAACUGUAGAUAAAGUGACAAAAAAAACUGUAAAACGACCAGUAACACAAAAAGAUGUACUACCAUGUAAAAAGGUCAAAAUUCUCAAAGACGUGAACAGACGGAAAAGGGACAAUAAAAGAAGUAGAAAGCUUCCAUUGAAGUCCAAAAAUUGUAGUGAAACAAUAAUAAUAGAGGGACAUGAGCCAGUUCCGAAUACAAUACAGGAAGAAAUUAAAGACUCCAAACAUCCAAAGAGUAUAUUGAAAUUGAAAGACAGGAGAUCAAAAAGUAUCCAUAAAAAAGUGCAUUUUGAGGGAGAGGCUGAUUUGAGUCAUCCACUUACUCAUAUGGACCACGAUCAGGCUUUAGAUGCAGUUAAGAAGCUAUGGAACCUCAGGGAAAGUUCCAACUACAUAAUAGCAAAGGUGUCCGCCUACAAUAUAACAGAUGAGGAUUUUAAGUCACUAGCUUGUAGGAACUGGUUGACAGAUCAGGUCAUGGAUGCAUACAUCGCAUUUAUAGUUCAAGCUGAAAUUGAAAAGGGUAAACAGAUCACAAUGUACCCUUCACAAACCAUGACUGCUAUUAUGAGUGGUACUUUUUCAGUGGAAAAUUGUCGAAAGAAGCUAAAAGUGUUUGAAUGUGAAGCCAUAGUAGGAGCUAUUAUCAAACAUCAGCAUUGGACAUUAGUGAUUGUUGAACCAAAGAAGGGAUUGAUUUAUUUCUACAAUCCAUUGAAUGAGAGGAGGAUCCAAAUCAGGGACAUUCAAAGAAAUUGGUGUUCGUACAUGAGUGCAAGGAUGAUUGCUCUGAAUGAGCUGGAUAACAUGCAGUGGAAAGUGGAAACAAGAGAGCAUUCAAAGCAAACUGAUAGUUUCAAUUGUGGAGUGUAUUGCCUUAUGUUUGCUGAAAGACAUUUCAGUGGACAGCCCAUCUCGAACAUUACCAAUGCAGACUUGGACUUGAUGAGAAACCGAAUUGCUACAGAUUUAAUGAUGUUUGAAGUGUACCUGACAGAACAUUGUCCUGCAUGUGGAUUUGUUACACGGAGAGAUAAUGAGAUGAAUUGUGAAGAAUGCACCAGACACUUUCAUAAAAAAAACCACUGUGUUGGGGAGGAAAACAUUUCAAAAAAUAGCUUUAUCUGCAGGAUGUGUACCAUUCGAUUUUGGGGAGAAAACGACAAUAAAAAAUCACCUGGAAAAAAUGCUGCUAAAAAGACAAAGAAAUCCAUCAGUCUGAGGAAGAAAUCUUCAAAGUGA